GUUGUCAGUCUGGCCGCGCACGCCUUCGAUCUCUGUUGUAGAAUUUCCAAGUUACUCGCGCGGAUAUUAGACGUUAAUUUUAUUGAAGCGCACGCGACAAAUAAUUUUUUUGACAAGUGACAUUUGAAAUAAAAAAAGAAAAAAUUGAAUUUCUCAUAAACAGGACCAAUUAAUUCAAUUCUUUAUCAAAAGUCUUCCGCGAGGUUUUAUAGUUGGGCAUGCCACUGGUACACUUGGAAUGGUCUAGUCUCUUCGUGACGACGUUGUUAGCUGUUACAUUACUACAGGUGGGUGUAAAGGGUGAAACUUUCACCUUGGGAUACAUUACAGGCUCAAAGAGACGACCAAACGACUUUGAGUAUCAACGUCCUGGCUUUCGGAUUUCCGGCGCAAUCACCUUGGCAGUAGAGGAGGUAAAUGCAGGCGAGUUAGGGAGACGUGGUCAUAAACUGGAAUUUUUGAUAGCUGAGACAUACGGAGAGGAAGAGACAAGCAUUUUGAUGACAGCCGAUCUUUGGACGAAAAACGUUAGUGCUUAUAUUGGCCCACAAGAAACUUGUGUUCACGAGGGACGAAUGGCAGCUGCCUUUAAUAAACCAAUGAUAUCAUAUUUUUGUACACAUCAUGAAACAUCUGAUAAAUUAGAAUUUCCAACAUUCGCUAGAACACGACCUCCUGAUACACAAAUAUCAAAGUCUAUUGUUUCGGUACUUACUGCAUUUAAUUGGACAAAAGUAUCGUUUAUGUAUAUGAAUUCAAGUUUAUUUGAGUUCAAUAAAAUGUCAACUGUCGCGAGCACAAUUUUGUCAUCAUUUGCAGUCGCUGGAAUUACUGUCAACUAUUUGAAAUGUUGGGAGGAACCCUAUCACGUGACACACAUGAAAAAUCCAUUCCACAAGCUUGUCAGUGAAACGUACAGUGAAACGCGAAUAUACGUCAUACUUGGAAAUUAUUACGAGCACAUGGGAUUAUUAAUGGCUCUAGACGAGAGAAAACUCCUGGAAAAAGGAGAAUAUUGGGUGGUUGGAGUGGAUAUUGAACAAUAUGAUCAGCAUGAACCUGAUAAAUAUUUACGUGGCUUGUGGCAAAAGCAGACUGAUUUAAAAAUGUUUAAAGCAUUUCGAAACUAUUUCAGUAUUGUUGCCUCGCCGCCCGUUAGUUUCGAUAAUUUCACAACUUUAAUUAAUGAAUAUAGACGUAAACCACCUUUCAACUUUAGCAAUCCAGUGGACAAUCUUGGCGGAGUUGUUCAGAUUGUACCGGAAACGGCAUAUUUGUACGACGCAGUUCAUCUGUACGAAAAAACAUUACUUCGAGCGUUAGAGGAAAACAGAGACCCUUUAAAUGGCAGAGAAAUGAUAUCCGCAUUGCACGGUGUUCAUUAUGAGAGUGCUAUGGGGUACAUGGUGUACAUGGAUGAAAAUGGCGACGCAGAGGGCAAUUAUACUCUAAUCGCUUUAGAUAAUCGAUCCCCAAAGGGACAUGGGCUUUACCCGAUUGCACACUUUAUCGGUAAAGAGGAAAAGACAAAUCUGCCGAAAUUACAUUUUAUCAGAGAAAUAACUUGGCUGGGAAAUGGACCACCAGUGGCGGAGCCCAACUGCGGAUAUCAUGGAGAAAAAUGCAACUCUUAUACUGGUGAAAUAGUAGGAGGAACCGUAGGCGGAUUGAUGCUGGUUUUAUUAGCAAUAUUGUUAAUCCUAUAUAGAAACUGGAGAUACGAACAGGAACUUGAUUCACUUCUUUGGAAAGUCAAUUAUAAAGAUAUUCAAUUAAAGGAAUCUAAAGACGUCACAUCGAAUAACGAUCAAAUAGUUAAGGCAAAUUCAAAGAGUCAGCCUUUCGUAAGAACAAGUCAAGUUUCGCUGAGUUCAAAUCCGGAUGCUGAUUUUCGUUAUUCGAUGAUUUACACGCAAGUAGGCGUUUAUAAGGGUCGAAUUUUUGCAGUGAAGAAAGUGAGGAAGAAAUCAAUAGAGAUUACAAGAGAAAUGAAAAAGGAGCUAAAAGUGAUGAGAGACUUGCGACACGAUAAUUUAAAUGCUUUCAUCGGUGCUUGUACUGAUCCUCCAAAUAUUUGCAUUGUCGUUGAAUAUUGUGCACGUGGAAGCUUAAAGGAUAUUUUAGAAAAUGAAGACAUUAAACUUGACAAUAUGUUUAUGGCUUCUUUAGUAGGUGAUAUUGUUAGGGGAAUGAUAUAUUUACACGAAUCUGUCAUGAAAUAUCAUGGCUCUUUAAGUACAUCAAAUUGUUUAGUGGAUUCACGUUGGGUGGUGAAAUUAGCGGAUUUUGGAUUUCACGAGUUCAAACGCGACGCUGAUUACGAUUCAGAGGAUAUAAUUAAGCGAUAUCAAGCAUUAUUAUAUCGAGCACCUGAAUUAAUUCGAGCAACAAAAAUAUGUGAACCAACAGCAAGAAAUUAUCAAAAAGGUGAUAUUUAUUCAUUUGCGAUAGUUCUCUAUGAAUUACAAGGACGUCAUGGACCUUUUGGUCUAACCGACAUGACAGCACCGGAAAUUCUCAAAAGAAUCAUAACUCGUGAAACAAAUUUACCUCCUUAUAGACCACCUCUGGACCAGUUAGAAAACAAUUUUGAUUUCAUUAGAGAUUGUCUAAUUGAAUGUUGGUCGGAGGAUCCAGAAUUACGACCUGAUUUCAAAAUCAUAAGAAAUAAACUGCGUCCCUUGCGAAAAGGAAUGAAACCAAAUAUUUUUGACAAUAUGAUGGCAAUGAUGGAGAAAUAUGCAAAUAAUCUCGAAGCUCUCGUUGAUGAACGAACAGAUCAGUUAACGGAGGAGAAAAAAAAGACAGAUGCACUAUUAUUCGAGAUGCUGCCAAGAUACGUUGUCGAGCAAUUAAAACGAGGCAAUAAAGUUGAAGCUGAAAGUUUUGACUGUGUUACUAUUUACUUUAGCGAUAUCGUCGGUUUUACUUCAAUGUCAGCUGAAAGUACACCCUUACAGGUAGUUGACUUCCUGAAUGAUUUGUACACGUGCUUUGACUCGACGAUUGAAAAUUACGAUGUUUAUAAAGUAGAGACUAUAGGCGACGCUUAUAUGGUGGUGAGUGGGUUGCCAAUUCGAAAUGGAAUUCAGCACGCGAGUGAAAUAGCUAGUAUGUCCUUGUGUCUUCUAAAUGCAGUCAAACAAUUCACGAUUCGUCAUAGACCGUUAGACAAAUUGCAAUUACGCAUUGGAAUACACUCAGGACCAGUUUGUGCAGGAGUUGUUGGUUUAAAAAUGCCGCGAUAUUGUCUAUUUGGAGAUACUGUAAACACUGCAAGCAGAAUGGAAUCCACUGGAUCACCAUUAAAGAUUCACUGCAGUCGUGAGACAAAGGUUCUUCUUGAUCAGCAAGAUGGUUUUAAUUUAAUAGAACGAGGGAUCAUUUCAUUAAAGGGAAAAGGCGAAAGAAUGACCUAUUGGCUAAUAGGUGAGGAUCCAAUUAUGCGAGAAAUUCGUUCAAAGGAACGAUCAUCCCGAAGAAUUGGAAAUUGUUCUAUUACAAAGAAAGCAAUAACAAUGGAUCCCUUAGUGCCAAGGAGUUCAUUAAAAAAUAAAGCACUCACAAGAACAACAUUUCUACGAUGUUCGAGUGAAUCACCUAAACGAUUGCGAUUCGCCAGUUCUGAUCAACUUGAUAAAAAAAGUAUUCGCAAUGGAAGUCAACUUGAAUCAAUUGCCGAUAAUAGUCCAUGCAAGGGAAAUAUCACAUGUCCUGGAAGAUUAUCUCAAGUUGAAAGUAUGAUAUCGAGUAAUUCGUGUCCAUGUGUGGAAAAACUUUGUGACGUUGAUGCAUUUCCAGUUAAAAUCGAGGGACUAUCGACAAAUAAUAUUGUUAAUGAAAAUUUUAUAAAUAGUACUCCCAUGUUAAGAAAUAAUCAUGAUUAUCUAAAUAAUGAAGAUUCAACAAGCACAAGUUUUGAGACAAAGGGAUUUUGGUUAGGGGCCAGUGAUUAUCUUCGUAUUGCUUGUAAAUCAGCUCCAAGUAGUCCAAAGAAUAGUUCUACUUUUUUAAAUGCACAACAAACGAGAGAAACUCGAUCAACCGAUGAGAUAGAUAGUUGGGAAGUGGCUCCUCUUAUUUAAUUAUGAUAAGACAUUUUUUUUCAGUGACGUAAAAAUUUCCAGGGUCGAAGGGAAAAUUUUCUGUUUUAUACAGACAAAAAAAAGAGACGCAAUCUAUUCCCAAAAAGAGUUAAUAUAAUUAUAAUUAAAUAUAAAUUAAUUAAGCUUUUCUAUAAUAAUUAUAAAUUACUACAGUCGACUCUCGAUAACUUGAAUUUUAAGGGAUAUACCAAAUAAUAUUUAAAUUAUCAUCCAGAGUUUUAUUUAUCGAGAGGAAGUUUGGGAAAAUUCAAAUUAACGAGACGCUUGCUUUUCACCGAACGGUCAAUACGUCGAACAGACAAAAUAUCGAACAGCCAAUACGUCGAACAGCCAAUACGUCGAACAGGCAAAAUGUCGAAAAGCCAUAAUACGUCGAACUGAAAAAAUGUCGAAAAGCCAUAACCUCGAGAAGCCAAUACAUCGAACAGCCAAUACGUCGAACGGUCAAUACAUCGAACGGACAAAAUAUCGAUAAGCUAAAAUAGCGAACAGCCAAUACGUCGAACGGACAAAAUGUCGAAUUUUAUUGACUCAAGUAAAAUUAUAGUUAAGUCAAUAAAAUUUUUCGACAUUUUGUCCGUUCGACGUAUUGGCUGUUCGAUGUUUUCGUUUUUCGAUAUUUUGGCUUAUCGAUAUUUUUUCUGUUCGACGUAUUGGCUGUUCGACGUCUUGGCUUUUCGACAUUUUGUCUGUUCGAUGUAUUAGGCAUUUUACCUUGUGACGUCAGAGGCUGAUGACGUCGAAGCCUGGAGGGACAACAAACGAAAAAAGCUAUAAAGAACUGUCAAACAAGUGAUUUUGAGGUUAAGUUUUUGAAGUUUUCAACGUUACCAACUGUAGAUGGACUAUAGUAAAAUUAUUUGUUGUCCCUCCAAGCUUCCAGCUGAUCAUGCAGCCAUAUUUAAAAGUGAAAUACCUAAUUGGCUUUUCGACAUUUUGUCAGUUCGACAACUUGCCAUUCGACAUUUUGUCUGUUCGACGUAUUGACCGUUCGGUGAAAAGCAAGCGUCUCAAAUUAACGUGAGUUUCAUUAGUUAAGGAUAUUAAUUGUAUUUUUUUUUAUUAUGUCUAAAUGUAACCUGUAAUUUUUUAUUGUUUAAUUGCACUUAAACGUACUUUAUCUAGAAAAUUUUCUAUUGAUACAAGGGCUGAAAAAACUUCAUCUCCACUUUCUAAGCGAAGUUAAUCUUUCCCUUCUGCACAAAUUGAAUUAUCAACACUUGCACUUUCUCCACACAGUUUCUUGAAAACAAAGUUAUGUCCUCUUUUAAAAUUAGUUAGCCACUCAUCACUAGCUGUAAAGCCUUUUAACCCGAGUGACGUAGCAAAUGACUUCGCUUUUUUCUUUAUCGUGUACUCUUUAAUGAAAAUGUUUUGAUCUUGUAAACUGCGCCUGGGUACAAUCUUUUCUUUUUUAAUCCAACCUGUCAAUUACACUGGAGCUUUUUUUGAGAGAAACAAAUUUUUCUUCACAAUUAGAGGCAUUACAAUUUAAAAAUUUUAAAACGCUGGCGUGUUUAAACAUUUGUGACAUUGUGUCAAAAAAGCCUUGCGUUGUGAAAAUUAAAAAAAAUUAGUUCUUUAAAUACAUUCUGAGUGAACAUGGUGAGCUGCUGCGCACACAUAUUCAUACCUUGUGACUAUUGCAUUAUGAUACAAAUUCAGAAAAUUAGUUAUUGAACCUUGUCGAAGUUGCGCUCACCUGUCAUGAUUUCGCCGUGGCACACCAAAACUUUGGAUUUGAACAUACACAUAAACUUGUACACUUUUUUUUACAAAUUUGUAAACAGAGGGAUGUGAAAAAAUAAAAUGUUUCAUUAAAAUGACAGUUAAACGAUUUAUAAGCAUUUGUCGUUCUGCUUAUAUCUGCAGUAACAACUGCCCAUAUUUCAAGAAAAUAAGAAUCCUACGAAAUGUACGUAUCUAAAAGAUAGUCGGCGUAGAUAGUAACUUCAAAUGAUCAAGAAAUUCAAGUUAUCAAAUGUUCGAUUAUCAAGAGUCGACUGUGUAUAUAUGCAAUAUAUAUUAUUCACAUAUAUCAAAAUGUUUUCAAGAAACUGAAAUAAAUAAAUAGAUUUUAUAUAUAAAAUAAUUAAAUAAAGGAAAUAAAAUAUGUAUAAAGUUUUCAACAAUAUAAGUACUUUAUAAUAUGUAAAAAACAAGACUAAAAUUAUAAUAAGUAUCAAAAUAAUAUUUCAAAUCUCUUGUCUACGUAACAGUAUUUUUUAUAAUUAAAUAGUAUUCCUAGAAACACUGUAAAGACAAUCAAGAAGGCUAGUGCUUUUAAGGGCAUGUCACUGUGAGGUCAUGUGAUUUUACAUGGAAAUAAUUUCCGCAGGUUUUCUUGUAAAAUAUUUUUUUAAUUUUAAAAACCACUUAUUCAAAUAAGUGAAAGUACACUGGUUAAACAGUGUAAUUUCAUUUAUUCAAAUUAAAACAGUACUUGAUGGAACUAAAAAAUAAAUUAAAAUAAUUACUUGCCCGUGUGGAAAAAGCCACGAUCUUGCCCCCAAAACUUCGGAGCCCCCGGCGAGGGCGCAUGAGGGCUGAUCCAUAUGGCGAAUCCAUGAGGGCCAACGUAGAGGCCCCGCAUGCAUCGCCCUCAUGAACGAUUACCUAAAUUUUCUGAGUGCAAAAAGUCAAAUAUUUUUUUAUUACCAAAAAAUUAAUGUUUAUAAUGAUUCAGAACAACGAAAAACGCGUUUUUAAUAAAAAUAUAUUUACACUUCUUUUGAAAAUUCACCUGGGAUGAUUAAUGAUAAUAAUCAUAAAGCAUAUAAUUAAUUAUAUUUUAUAAAUUGUAUUUGAUUGGAAAAUAUAAUUUAUUAUGAGGCAAAUGUAUUCUGCCCUACGAUAUACUUUUUUAAUGCUUCUUUAAGCGAAUUAACUAUAGCAUUGCGAAACUUAUUAUUUGAUUUUAACAACAAUAAUACCACCUAGCGCUUAGUUUUAGUUUUACUUUAAAUUGAAUUAUGUUAAUUUUUUAACAAUUCCUUUAUAUAUCUUAGUACUUAGUACGAAAGGGCAUUUUUUCUUUUUUCUUUUGUAAGACCGUCUAUUUUUGAAAAUAAAUAAAAAAUAAAUAAUAUCUUAACUUUAACUAUAUGAUUUUAAGCACUAGCUUUUCUAAGUUAGGUAUUUUGUAAGUUUAAAUAGCGUCAAGAAGUUAGCAUUCGUUUUCACGUAGCGUGCGUAGCGUAGAUGGUAAAGAGUUAGGCUGGUUCAACAAUGAGCUCGACGCAAGGUAAACGCAGCUUGACGUGAACGCGACGCGCUGACGUCACAAUGUUAAUCAAAUGGGUUACGUCAGCACGUCGCGUUCACGUUCGCGUCGCGUACCAUGGAUUGUAUGCUGACUCUACAUUGGCUGCGCAAACGUGUACGUGAACGUGAACGUGCUGACGUCACAAUGUUAUUUAAAUGGGUGACGUCAGCACGUUCACGUACACGUUUGCGCAGCCAAUGUAGAGUCAGCAGUAGAGCCGACUUGAUUAGCAUUGGAAUGCGUCCCGUCAACGCUGCGUUUACCUUGCGUCGAUCCCAUUGUGGAACCAGCCUUAGGUUUAUAGUCUGUAGGUCUUCGAUUCCCCCCAUGUGUUAGAUUUAUUUAUUUUUCAGGUUUGCGUUUAAUCAUUAAUUCUAUGUAUGAAUUAGUUAAAAAAUUAAAAUAUCCAAUCAUAAAAUAUUUUUUAAUUAAUUAAUUUAUUAUUACUUUUAAUCUAUAUCCGACAGUUAAUUAAUUAGAACGUUCAUUAAUAAAUUCAAUUUGAGUAAGACUUUAAUUUAAAAAUGGAAGAAUUAGUAAAUAAAUAUGUUAUUUAUUCAUAAUUGAAGCUUAUUUAUUAUUAAUUAACUUUUAUUAUUAAUAUUGUUGAUUAAAAAACAUUAAGGCAAACGUGAGGGCUCAUGAGGGCGCGCAGAGGGGCGCCAUCAUCGAUGAGCAUGUCGUUUCCAUAAGGGGCCACCUAUGGAUCACCCAUAUGCGCCCCUGAUGGCACGAGGGCGGUCUAUAAGGGCCUCCAAUGGGGGCCUACAUCACUUUUCCACACGGGUAUUUUUAUUUUUUUUAUUAUUUAAUAAUUUUAUUUUAUUUAAAACAAAAUAUUAUCUUUUUUAAAUAAAUAAUAGCACAAUUACCAAUUUAAAAUUAAACGCGUUACAUUUUUACUUUAAAUCUUAUUUUGCACAGUCUAAGCUGGCAGGUCAGGUUUAUAGACACGUAUCGUCAAUACUAAAUACAAAAAUUAAAACUCUAAAUGAAAUAGACGAGUCAAUGAACUUCGAUUUAAACAGCACGUGAUAGUGAAAUAUUUCUAGAAAAAUAAAAAUCAUGAGUCUAAUUUGGAAAUUAAAUGUUAUAAUGCUACAUUAUAACAUUUCUGAAAUUGUCAAUGAAUAGUUAUAACUUCUAUUUUUUAAACACAAGGUCAUCUUUAAGAUAAAAAAAAAAAUCCUGGUUUAACCCCUUAAAUCUCUCAGAAUCUAAUGAAAAAUUAUUAUCACAUUUUAACUACUUCAUAAAAUUUCUGCCUAAUUGAUAUGUCAAAUAAUAGAGAAUAUUUUAACGAGAAAACAUAAAAUAAAAUAUUUACACAUGACAUAACAAUUUUAUGUCCUUAAUAAAAAUAUACGUAACAUCUGCAUGUAAACAAUUAGAAAAAAGUUUUUGUGAAAAAACUUAUUUUUGAUUCAUUUUGUUGAUUAGAUUUAUAAUUAAUUAAACUAUCACUUUUUUAGAAGAAAUUAUCAUUAGAGAGCUUAAAAAACAAAAUUCAUUAAUGUAGUAUUAAGAAAUUAAAAGCUGUUGAUAUUAACAACAUUAUUAAAUUAUAUGACAACAAACUUUUAGCAUACGACAGCUAACUGCUUUCAUGCAAAUUUACUAAAAGUUUUAAAAAAAAUUUACUUUAAAUCAACAUAAUUUUAUUUUUAAAAAUUCUUUUGAAAAUUUGUUUCUUUGACAAAAACUUUUUUCUCACCAUUACAUAAACUGCAUUUAUAUACAGUACAUAUA